GUCAAUACUUAUCAUAGCAACGCACAAAAUUGAUUGAUGUUAAAAUGGCAAAAAGAGGCGGACAACUUCAUAUAGAUGUUUCUAACGAUGAAGAAUGGGAAAAACUCUUAUUAAGAGAUGGACUUAUCCUUGUGGACGUCUAUUCCGAUUGGUGUGGCCCAUGCACCGGUAUGGCUGCAAACUUAAAAAAGAUCAAAUUGGAGAUAGGUGGGGAUAUGCUGGUAUUGGCACUGGCUAAAUGCGAUAACAUAACAGCGCUUGAACGAUUUAGAUUUAAAAGUGAACCAACAUGGAUGUUUAUAUCGAAAGGACAAAAAACGAAUCUUAUAUUUGGUGCCAAUGCUCCAGAAAUUACCCGCGUAUUAAUUGAUGAAAUAAACAAAGAACGACGCUCCAUGGAAUCAGGUAUUGAUAGACCUGAACGUACUGAAAUAACGGAACUGCAUGACAUUGAAGUAGGCAGGUAUCAAGAAUCGCAGCUAGCAAAGAAAUUGGCCAAAGAGAAAGAAGAAGCCAAGAAAAUUAAAAAUAUUCGCGAUAGAAAAACUAAUGAAUGCAAGAAUAUUUUGAAUAAUCUGUCACUAGGCGUAAUACUUAUUUUUCCAUGUGCAAGAGACAGAUACACGGACUGCAUAAAUGAUUUUUUAAAAGAAGCUAGUUGCACGGCUGUCGCACAAGAAAAGGUUAGUAUAGAUGUGGAUAUGUUGGAAGAAAUGUUUUAUUUUUAUGAAGAUGAACGACCACCUUUUGAUGAACCUUCUCUAAAUAACUUGUUAAGUAAUAAGAGCGUAGUAGUUGCUGUUAAGGGACUUCAUGGAGCAGAUACUUCCGAUUGGGAUCUCCUACUAAGAAGAAUUGUGUACGGUAGGGAUACAUUGGGCCCUCCUGGAGAUCGUUUUAGUUUUUAUCAGAAAAUGCAGACAGAAAUUGAAGAUGAAGAAACUGGUGAAGUAGAAAUUCUUACUGGAGUUUGGGUACCAAGACAAGCAUAUGUUAGAGCAACAAUGUUAAGGAUGUUUUUCCCAAAAUAUGCCCAAGAUUUAGAAAUUCCCGAUCCAGGUCCUCUCCCUCCUCAUUAUGCGAUGGUGUUUGAAACUGAUAAAAUAAAAUCGGCACUGACCAUUAUUAGUAAAUGGCCCAAACAAAUUUUACAUUAUGGAUUCUUUACAAAAGAAGAUCCAGAGGAUACAGAACUCGUAGCAAAAAGCGUACAGAGAUUGGAGAUGCCAGCCUACAGGGAUAAACGCACUUACGAAGAGAAAUUAGUAUUUGCUGUAUCCAAGAAGAAAAGUGAAUUGAUAUUAGAUCUUAUUCAAUUGGGACCGCUGUAUAUGUCUACAACUACAGACGACGGUACAAGAGACACCGACUUGUUCUUUGCCGAUGAUUAUGCGGAUUCCCUUCCAGAUGAAGAGAAAAUAUAUCUUGAAAAGGAAGAAGAGGAAGAAGAGGAGGGAGACGAAACUGAAGAACCUCCUACUGCUUAAGCGAAGAAGACUCUGAUUAAGAAUGAAAACUGCGAAAAAAUAUUAA